AUGUAUAUACACGAGUAUUUUAAUCGUAAACAUACUGAGUGGAGUAUUACCGGAUUUCUAAAUGAAUGUAACGAAGAACCGUUUCGAUUCAAAGUGGAUAUAUAUCUUAAAAGUCUCGUGAAUAUUAUCAAUAGUGAUCAAGGGAAGAAACGUGAAAAGGCACAAGCUCUCUUUGACAAACGUGGCGUGGUGGGAAUUCUUUUAGCUUCUUUACCAUUCAGGUCUUUUAGUCGAGCCACAAGACCAGUGUUAGGGCACAGGCAACCUUUUAGCUUGGCUGUUGUUAAAAGUCUUUUAGUCGAUCUAGCAUUGGUCCCAUUUGAGCACAGGCAACCUUUUAGCUUGGCUGAUGAACCUAAACCUGACCACGAAUUGGCAAGGAGGUGGGAGAAUGAGCGUUCGCACAAGCAGGUCCACCUCCAUCAACCAACUAUAAACGGGACUGUAAGUGGUCCGAUAAAUGGUGCAUAUGUAACUGGCGGAACAGUUGGAGCUGUAAGCGGAACUGGGAAUAUCAGCGGAGGGACUUUUGGUGACUAUUACGAGGAGUUAAAGAAAAAACGGACGAGAAUGGACGGUGAGAAUCUUCAACCCAUCUAUAACAUUCAAAUCCCUCCUCCACGCGUUGUCACUCCUCCCCAUCCACCACGAACACCUGAACACCAAAUAUUUUCUUCGAGUUCCAUGCUAUUGUCUAAGCUCUCACCACCGAUACGAAAAAUGUGCCUGUCUCGAAAGGCUCAGGAAGAGGAAAUGAAAGAAUCAGAUGAGUGGUUGUCAUCUUUACAAUAUCUGGAUGCUAAUAUAAAUGACUUAACUAUUUCUGAAUCUUUUUUAGAUCCCGGCAGUGAGUUUGGUGGUAUAAAUGAUCCAGCAAUCAAGGCGCUUGAAUGGAAGGCUGAUAAACCAUCUAAUUUUGCCAUAAAGGGCAAUUCCAAGCAUAUUACCGAUUCAUUGGGAUGGUAUACAGAUGUGCCAGUUACCUUGAAGGAUAAAGAGAAUAAGACGGUCACAGUUAUUGGAAAUUUUGUUCGUAUUGAUAAUGGUGAAACAGAACCAAUGCUAUUUUUUGGUAUGUCAAAUAUCCGUAAGCUUCAAGGCGUCCCUGAGCCAAAUAAAAACCAGUUUCGCAUAAAGUUACAUGGAAAGGUAUAUAUUAUCCCAACCUUUAGCAAGGCUCCAGUAGUCAAGGAUCUGCCAAAAGAAGAUCAAGACCAAGCAUCUACCAACUCCUCUAGCCCAAAUAAUGAGGAAGACUUAAAAAAAAGUGCGUAA